GAUUAAAGUUAAUGCUAACCUAGAAAAAGGUUAUGCAGAUUCCGCUCGACUCGCAAGCUAAAAGUACUCACUCGUGUUGGAAUGUUUCCCAUUAAUUAAAAAGCAUAUAAACAAUAUGAAAAAAUCCCUCAUAUUUUCAUAAAUUAAUCGGAGUUAUGUCUUGUUAAAUACUAUGAUUUAAAACUUUAAUCAUGUUAAGUUCCACUGCUUCUGAUAAUUUGGCGUGUACGGAUGAAGUCAAGGUAUAUGAAGAUGAAGGAGAGGAAGAAGAACAACAGAAAUCAUCUGAAAAUCUGACAGAAGAUAAAGUCAGACUAGUUAUUGAGAGCGAGACUCAAAUCCCAAAGAUAUUCGACUUGUUCGGUAGAAAUGGUGGAGCAUCUUCGUUAUUCAAAAUGCCAUUUCCAACUGAUCCACGUUUGGCUAGUUAUUUCCUACCUGGUUAUCCAGCAGCCAUCGCUGCAGCUAUGGCAGCUGUUAACGCUGUCUCCUGUUCUACAUCAUCACCACCAGCAUCAUCAUCAUCAUCUUAUUUAACAACUAGUUCACCAUCCUCCUGCUCCUCCUCAUCCGCAGCAUCAUCAUCAUCAUCAGCGUUAUCCUUAUCGUCUAUCAUUAAGCCAACUUCAUCUGUAUGGAAUAUGCAUACAACAAGUGGAAUGAAUUCAUCAUUUUGGCCAACUGGUACAGGUGUACAAACCACUGGUGUUGGUAAUGGGAGUGGUGGUAGUUCAUCGUCUACAUCAUCUGGUUAUGCAAGUUCUGAAGGCAGUGGUGGAGGAGGCGGCAGUACAAAUGGUUCACAUUGGUUUCAAUCAGCAAUAUCACCUGGUGGAUGCUUUAACAACAACAACAGUGGUGCCAGUAAUGGCGGUUUUAAUUUCUCUCCAUAUUAUCAUCAUCAUCAACAACAACACCAACAGCAGCAACAACAACAACAUCAACCUUAUUAUUAUAAUCCUCGUCAAAAUAAUAAUAAUUUCAGUCAAAAACACCCACUGUAUCAUCAAUCGAAUGAUGAAGAGCUACUCACACGAUUACACAGGGAAUCAUCACAUUUUGAAAGAUCAUUAUAUUUUGCAAAUAAUAAUAAUAAUCAUGCUAAUAAUUCAUUAAAUAUGAGAAAUCUAAUAUUGAUUAUAAUCUAUCUGGUCACUUCUCUGGAUUUUCUAAUUCUCAUAAUAAUGAUAAUAAUAAUAAUAACAAUGACACCGUCAAAGAGUCAACAGGUUUAGUAAGUUCGAUUCUUGUAUUCGUGUUAUUACUAUUCGUUUUAAAUGAUUAUUCUUUUUCCCCUUCAAAUUAUGUUAUUUGUUUUCAUAUUUAAGCG